GGCAGGGGCACAUGGGAGGCAGGGGGCGUGUGGCAGCGGGGAAAGAGGGUGGGAGCCUGGGGCUGGUGGCAGUGGGCAGGGUAGGAGAUUGUGCUGGGUGGGAGUCAGGGGCACAUGGGAGGCAAGGGACGUGUGGCAGUGGGGAAAGGAAGUGGGAGCUUGGGGCUGGUGGCAGUGGGCAGGGUAGGAGAUUGUGCUGGGGGAGAUGCAUAGGAUGUUGUACGGUGGUUGGAGCAGAGGGUGAUGAAUGCACUGUGAUUUUUAAGUAAAUGGUGUGGCUGCUCCUGCUUAAUCUUGCUGGCACUGCCUCUCUCAGUGCUCUAGGGAGGCAGGAAAUGUGCCUCUAGGGUUGCCACCUCUCCUGGGAUUCUGCAGAUUGUCCCACUUGUAACAGAGUGGCUAGUCACUGAUCUGCAAAGCACUUCCAGGGCCAUGAAGCAUCCUCACCUUGCCCUUCAAGCACACUCACAGAGGUGGCAGCCUCACUGCCCACACAUCCAUCAAAGUGCAGCCCAAUUAUCACAUUGGCUGUGAAAUCUAGAACAAGAGGUGCUGUAGUGCUAGCAGGGAGCUUUUCUCUCUGCCACCUCCCCUUUUCCAAAGGGAGACUUCUGGGCAUUUCUGGCAUAGGUCCUGUUAAUAAAGCUGCACUCACAGCACCGAUUGGGUUGAUGGUGUAUAGUGUUCUUCUGUGACGUAGCUUUGAGGUGCACACCUAGAGCAUGCAGUGUUAUGUAAGGCUUUGAUAAUGGGGAUAUGGAGACUUCUGCCUCCAUAAAGGUAAAAAUCCAUCCCAAGUCAAUAGUAAUCAAAAGUCACCGUGAUCUGAUUGCUGUUUGGUGGCCUGUGUGAAAUGAGUUUGUUGCCCUUGAUCUAUCUCUUAGUAUAUAAGUGUCCACAUCACAAUCGGUCCUGUUGUUGGCAUCCUUAGCAGAGAGAUCAGGGCUACAGGUUGCAGCAGUUUGCAUCUUCAAUGACUCUUUUGGGGAGAAGUUUUUGGGUGCUGAGAGACAUUCAGGCUGCAGCUCCCUGGAAUUGCCAAACAUGUGUUGAGUAGCUUUGCUUACUGCCAAGCCAGACAACUGGGUGGUGAUGUUUUCUUCUCUUCUAGGUUCUUGCAAGAUGAAUGCAAAGGAUUUGAAUUCUAGUCCCAUCUCUGUACUUAUUACUGAGUCACAGUUUGCCCAGCUGUUCAGGGAGUAUUUGGAGAGAGAGAGGGUUCUGGAUGUCUGCCAUCGUGUGCAAAAGCUGCUGGAUGGCACAGUGGCAUUGCCUGUGCUGGGAGAGAAACUCACUGAGCAGCACCUGCAGGAGCUGCGGGAGAGCCUGCCCCCUGAGAAGACAUGCACACUGACGUGGGUUCAGAACCCCAUUCCCUCCAAGGCAGCACGAGUCCAGUCGCCCGCCUGGAAGCUGUGCAGGGAGCUACAGCAUUUAGUGUCAGCCUCUGGGGGCAGGUGGUCAGAUGAGCUGGAGGAUGAUCUCCCUCGUUCCUGGCAGCGGCACGGAGACCUCAUCCUGCUGAGCGAGGACAGAUUCAGGGCUGCUUUGUGGAAGGAGCUGGGACCAGAACUCUGGGAAACAGUUGCUUCUGCUCUGGGCGCCCGACGCAUAGCCAAACGAGGGCGAAUAUCGCCGGAUGGAGUACGAUCCCCGACAGUGACCCUAUUGCUGGGGCAGGAUGGCUGGGUGGAGCAUGUGGACAAUGGAAUCAGAUAUACAUUCGAUGUGACCAGGUGCAUGUUCUCUCCUGGAAACAUCACAGAAAAGCUGCGGGUGGCGUCGCUGCCAUGUGCUGGGGAAGUGCUAGUGGAUCUUUAUGCAGGGAUUGGCUAUUUCACGGUACCGUACCUGAUUCACGCCGGUGCUGCCUUUGUCCAUGCCUGUGAGUGGAACCCCCAUGCUGUGGAGGCCCUGAGAAAGAACCUGGAGCUGAAUGGCGUGCAGGAUCGGUGUCAGAUCCACCAAGGGGAUAACAGGCAGCUGGAGCUUCGAGACGUGGCCAACAGGGUGAAUCUGGGGCUGCUCCCCAGCUCAGAGGAAGGCUGGCCUAUCGCCUGCCAGCUUUUGCGGAAGGGCACAGGGGGCAUUCUCCACAUCCACCAGAAUGUGGAGUCCUUCCCAGCAAAGGCUCAUUUGCAUAGUGGCCACUUGGAGGAGCAGCAGCUGCAGCAAUGUCCAGAACAAGCUGUAUCCAACAGGCAGGAGGACAAAAUGGGCCACAGGAGCCCAAAAGAUGCUGACAUCAUGGAUUCUGGGAGGGAGACCCAGGCAGCUGCGACCAGAGCCGAGUGGCAGAGGUGGGCAGAGACCACGGGAAUGCGUAUCAGGGUUCUGCUUCAGCAGCUACAUGGGAGGCCUUGGAGGACAAACAUUCUGCACAUUGAGCCAGUGAAAUCGUAUGCACCCCAUGUGUAUCACAUAGUCCUGGAUCUGGAGUGCCGCCCCCUCUCUUAAUACACAAGGAGAGUGGACUGCGUCCUUGGGAUCCCCAGGAAUGUCGCCUUCUCUGCUAGCAAACGUGCUGGGGGAGCUCAGGGCCCAAGCCUGAGAAGUGCACAAAGCCUACACAGAGUUGAGUGCUCCCAGCUGGCAUCUUGUGAACUGGUUCAGUCUGACACUGGUCUUGCCUUCUGCUCUCUUGGGGCCCCUCUUCUCUCCAGACUGGUAUGCAACAGCUUGACCUGACCAUCAUGGUGCUCCCUGCAGCUGCUUUCUGUGAUCUUCACUCUAUUUCCAUUUCCUGUAACCAGGUAAAACGUUUGUUAGUUUUA